UGCCAGCCUGCGGGACACGCUCCCCGCGCCAGCGCCUUGCUGGCGGCCAUGAAAAAGCAGAACGUGAGGACUCUGUCCCUUAUCGCCUGCACCUUUACCUACCUGCUGGUGGGCGCUGCGGUGUUCGACGCCCUCGAGUCGGACCACGAGAUGCGCGAAGAGGAGAAACUCAAGGCGGAAGAGAUCCGGAUCAGGGGCAAGUAUAACAUCAGCACGGAGGACUACAGGCAACUGGAGCUGGUGAUCCUGCAGUCGGAACCGCACCGCGCCGGCGUCCAGUGGAAAUUCGCUGGCUCCUUCUACUUUGCGAUCACGGUCAUCACCACCAUAGGUUACGGGCACGCGGCACCGGGCACCGACGCGGGCAAGGCCUUCUGCAUGUUCUACGCUGUGCUCGGCAUCCCCCUGACGCUGGUCAUGUUCCAGAGCCUGGGCGAGCGCAUGAACACCUUCGUGCGCUACCUGCUGAAGCGCAUCAAGAAGUGCUGCGGCAUGCGCAACACCGAGGUGUCCAUGGAGAACAUGGUGACCGUGGGCUUCUUCUCCUGCAUGGGCACGCUGUGCAUCGGCGCGGCCGCCUUCUCUCAGUGUGAGGAGUGGAGCUUCUUCCACGCCUACUACUACUGCUUCAUCACGCUGACCACCAUCGGCUUCGGGGACUACGUGGCGCUGCAGAGCAAGGGCGCUCUGCAGAGGAAGCCCUUCUACGUGGCCUUCAGCUUCAUGUACAUCCUGGUGGGGCUGACGGUCAUCGGCGCCUUCCUCAACCUGGUGGUCCUCCGGUUCCUGACCAUGAACAGCGACGAGGAGCGCGGAGAAGGCGAGGAGGGGGCGGCGCUCCCCGGCAACCCCAGCAGCGUGGUCACCCACAUCUCGGAGGAGGCCCGGCAGGUGCGCCAGCGGUACCGGGGCGAGGGCGGCGAUCUGCAGUCCGUGUGCUCCUGCGCCUGCUACGGCUCGCAGCCGCAGAACUUCGGUGCCACGCUUGCCCCGCAGCCGCUGCACUCCAUCUCCUGCAGAAUUGAGGAGAUCUCGCCAAGCACACUGAAGAAUAGCCUCUUUCCGUCCCCCAUCAGCUCCGUCUCGCCGGGCCUGCACAGCUUCGGUGACAACCACAGGCUGAUGCUGCGUCGGAAGUCCGUCUAA